CAGCAGAGGAGGUCCCCACAGUGUUGGUAGAGUUUUCCUCCAUGGUGGCGGAUACUCAAUCUUACAUCAUUCAGGGCUCGGAACACGGGCAAGAUGGCAGCUCAGAUGGACAGACUCAACAGACUAUACAGGUGAUGGGAGGUGUGACCAAUGACCAGAUAGUGGAGGCCCUGAGAAUGGCCCAGGCCAGUGGGGAAGUCCAGGAGGUCCAGGUCCAACAGGGGGAAGCCAUGGAUAUAUCGGAUCAGCACGGGGCCUCUGUUGUCGUAACCAGCGAGGUUGUUCACAUCGACCCCUCCGUUAUCAUGAGUACGUCCUCCGCCACUGACCUCCACAACCUCCCAGCAACAGCAGAGAUGGUGCCACAGGUCACGGUGUCAGAGGUCAUGGGUCAAGAUGGAGGUCAGGUCACAGUAGCAGAGGUCAUGGGUCAUGCUGAAGGUCUGGACCAGGAAGUCACCACUGUUGGGGACUCAGCCAGUGGGAUGGUCAACAUGGUCAAGCUGGCCCCUACUGUGGACGAUAGCAACAUGCAGACAGACAUAGAGACAGUCGUAGUGGAAAUGCAUUGAAAACUUUACUUUGCCUGUGUUGCAUUUCCUGCGGCUUUCAGAUCUACAUACUAGCAAGUUGUAAUUGUAAUCAUUCUGAAUGUUUGUUUUUUCAAAGCUUUUUUAAAAAAAAACUUUGGGGGAAGACUGGGCAAAACUGUGUGAGAGCUUCUUGCUAAAGAGAAUCUUUGUCAUGCUACUUUUGGUAGACGAUAACUGAAUAAGACCAUAGCAUUUUUUUUGUAGAAGCCUAUAGUUCAUGACGAUACAAUACAGAUUGCAAGACGUUUUAUUAUUGAAAAUGUGUUUUUUAGAAUAAUGGCGAAAAUGCAUGUAACAAGAAUUUUUGUGUGGCUAUUUCUUCUCAUGUUAUCAAGGAUAGGGAACAGCUAAGUUAGUGUAGCAAACAGUGAAGGUUAAAUAGCAAUAUGCAUGUCAGAAGAAAAUAGAGUAGAAGAAAGUUAGCCCUCUAAUACCGAUUUUCAUGUACAUAUCUGCAAGAUGGGGAAAGCCUAAAAAUCACACAGACGAUAUUGUAGAAAACAUCUCAACACACAUCUCAUAGCCAUCUAUUACUAUUUUGAUGAUAACUGUAUGAUGUACGAUAUGUAAUAACUGUAAACAUGGAGAUAUUUGAACACCAAACAUUGAGUUGCCGUUAGAUAUGCA